ACUAGAGCAAAUGUUGAGCAAAAAUCGAGAAAGAAAUGAAUACCAAUUUUUUUUAUUGGUAAAGUUAGCUUCAAAGUUCUGGCAAAUGGCUCUUGUAGCAAAACCAAAGUUAUUUGUGUCUACUGUCGCUGUGUUUUGACUUAUGACGGAUUACAUGGCCUGCCAUAGACCGGAGCAGUGCAGUGCAACCUUGCUUCCUGUACUUCACCCCACCUCUUGAGGAUGGUUCUGCUUCGACUUUAUUCACCGCUGACUGACCGGAGGAGUCGAUCUUAUCCAGGAGACAACAAAAGCAAAGAAUGGCUGCGCCUCAAAAGGGACAACUGACGGCGUCUGAGAGGAAAAUCUUACAAGUCAUUGAGGCUGGUGAUGUGCAAGAGGCGGCCCUGCUGCUUGCGUGUGAAGAUGUACGAGUCAACUGCUUGGACGAGGAUGGGAUGACUCCACUGAUGCAUGCGGCCUAUAAGGGCAAAGCCGAAAUGUGUCGUCUUCUGCUGCAGCACGGUGCUGAUGUCAACUGCAACCAGCACCAGCAUGGAUACACCGCUCUCAUGUUUGCGGGAUUAUCAGGUAAGACAGACAUCACCUCCAUGAUGCUGGACGCCGGUGCAGACACGGACAUGGUGAACUCUGUGGGUCGCACCGCUGCUCAGAUGGCGGCUUUUGUGGGCCAGCACGACUGCGUGACAGUUAUCAACAAUUUCUUUUCACGGGCAAGACUGGAAUACUACACCAGACCUCAGGGGCUGGAGAGAGAGCCUAAACUGCCUCCGGGGCUGGCAGGACCGCUGCACAAAAUCAUUAUGACAACCAACCUCAAUCCAGUCAAGAUAGUCAUGCUGGUGAGGGAGAACCCCGUCCUGGUGGAUGUUGUUGCCCUGGAGAAGUGUUACCAGGUGAUGGACCUGCUGUGUGAGCAGUGCGUGAAGCAGCAAGACAUGAACGAAGUCUUGGCCAUGAAGAUGCAUUACAUCAGCUGCGUGCUGCAGAAGUGCGUGAGCUUCCUGCAGAAACAAGACGACAAGUUGGAUGCGCUGGUGAAGAGCCUACUGAGGGGGCGAGAUAGCGAUGGCUUCCCACAGUACCAGGAGAAGUUCAUCCGAGACUGCAUCAGGAAGUUCCCGUACUGUGAGACCACACUUCUUCAGGAGCUGGUGAGGACCAUUGCGCCGGUAGAGAUUGGCAACGACCCGACAGCGUUCUCGGUCUUGUCUCAAGCACUGACCGGUCAGAUGGCGUUUGUGGAUGCUGACUACUGCGCCACGUGUGGAGAACGGGGCGCUGACAAGCGGUGCUCCCUCUGUAAGGCUGUGACUUACUGCAGUCUGGCAUGCCAAAAGCUGCACUGGUUCACCCAUAAAAAGAUGUGCAGGGCGAUACAGGAGCAGAACGCAGACCUGGAAAGAGACGCCCCACGACUGAAAGAACUGAAAGAUGACGAGAGCGACCUGGUGAUGGAGACGGCCAACUUUCUGCAGGAGUUGUGUCUGCGGGCCGAGGAGAAGGUGGCUGCUGCCGGGGGCUGCCCUGGAGAGCUGCUGGUCUGCCCGUCAGUGCCCACGGAGGGACCAUCCGGCCCUCAAAACUGAACCAUGUCCCACAAGACAUAAGACACAAACCAUCUACAGUAGGUAUAGAGCUUUUCAGAUAUUGGAACGUCCCCACAGACCAACACAGGCUGCGUCUCAGUCUUUUGAGCGCAUGAGUACGUUCAAACUGAGAAGUUCUGCAAAAUCCGGUACGGUAACCCCUCAUUUAUGGCGGUAAAUUGAUUCCACACCCAACCAUGAUAAGUGAAUAUACACCAAUAAAUGGAAUAUUUUGUAGUUAGAGCUUAGAAAAACUAACAUUAUUAGAGCCCUCUAGACAUAAAAUAACACCCCUAUAUUGACAUUUAAGACUUGUGAUGGUGUGUGUUUCUGUAAAUGUGAACCCCCCUGAUGUUCAGAGGUGAGUUUUAUAAUAUUGUGCCUGUUGUGAGAGCAUUCAAACCUGCAUUAAAAGCCGUUUG